GAACGGUGGAGGGGAGGGCGAACUAGUGAGCGGAGAUAUAAGAGUUCGGGUUGUUGGCUGGGGCAGUUGUCGAGAGGUAGGCUAUUGCAAUUGUGUUACAAACCGAAAAAACGAUGAAAUCCACCGUCGCAGCUGCCGAAACAACGGUAGCAUGGUAGCUUUGGACUGGGGUUUCCAAGACGAGCGCCGAUAUCUACACGUUACUGUAAUUUUAACACCGAAUUACUUAUCCCCCUGAUCGAGUCGGGUAAACCACCGUCCGAGAUGGGGAAGGAGGUUAAUGGUGUUUCGCGGAGCCGGUUUGAGAUGUUCUCAAACAGCGACGAGGCCGUCAUCAAUAAGAAGCUGCCCAAGGAGCUGUUGCUACGAAUCUUCUCCUUUCUGGAUGUGGUGACACUCUGUCGCUGUGCCCAGGUCUCACGGUCGUGGAAUGUGCUCGCCCUGGACGGCAGUAAUUGGCAGAGAAUUGACCUUUUCGACUUUCAGAGAGAUAUUGAGGGGCGAGUGGUGGAGAACAUUUCGAAACGAUGUGGGGGAUUCCUGAGGAAGUUGAGUCUGAGGGGCUGUCUGGGGGUGGGGGACAGCGCUCUGAGAACCUUCUCCCAGAACUGCAGGAAUAUUGAGCUGCUUAGUUUGAAUGGCUGCACCAAGAUUACUGACAGCACAUGUAAUAGCCUCAGUAAGUUCUGUCCCAAGCUCAAGCAUUUGGACCUCGCGUCCUGUACCUCAAUCACCAACCUGUCACUCAAAGCACUUAGCGAGGGCUGUCCUCUUUUAGAGCAGCUCAACAUCUCGUGGUGUGACCAGGUGACUAAGGAUGGCAUCCAGGCUUUGGUACGAUGCUGUCCCGGACUCAAAGGCCUUUUCCUCAAGGGCUGCACACAGUUGGAGGAUGAAGCACUGAAGCACAUUGGUGCACACUGUCCAGAGCUGGUCACUCUCAACUUACAGACAUGUUCGCAGAUCACAGACGAAGGUCUCAUUACUAUAUGCCGGGGCUGUCACCAUCUGCAGUCGCUGUGUGUCUCAGGUUGUGCCAACAUCACAGACGCCAUCCUCCACGCCUUGGGACUGAACUGCCCGCGCCUCAGAAUAUUAGAGGUGGCUCGCUGCUCUCAGCUCACAGAUGUGGGCUUCACUACACUGGCAAGGAAUUGUCAUGAGCUGGAAAAGAUGGACCUGGAAGAGUGUGUGCAGAUCACGGACGGCACACUUAUCCAGUUGUCCAUCCACUGCCCUCGUCUGCAAGUUCUGAGCCUGUCUCACUGUGAGCUGAUUACUGAUGAUGGCAUCAGACAUCUGGGCAGCGGGCCCUGUGCCCACGACCGGCUGGAGGUGAUAGAGCUGGACAACUGCCCCCUGAUCACGGACGCCUCGCUGGAGCACCUGAAGACCUGCCACAGCCUGGACCGCAUCGAGCUCUACGACUGCCAGCAGAUCACCCGCGCAGGCAUUAAGAGACUAAGGACCCAUCUACCUAACAUCAAAGUGCACGCGUAUUUCGCCCCAGUCACCCCACCCCCCUCGGUCGGGGGGAGUCGCCAGAGAUUCUGUCGUUGCUGUAUCCUGCUAUGAUGUGAAGACUGCGCCCCCACCCCCCCCUCAGCCCAAAAUCUGCCCUUCCACCCAACCUGGCUCGGCCUGGUCCGAUCCGGGCUCCAGGUAUACAUGCUGGUGUGUCCCCCCUGAUUGGAGCCGCAGAGAGAGGGAGAGAGCCCAACCACCACAGGGUCUGGGAAGAACCUUCCCCACGACGUUCCCAAACCCACUCACAACAGCCUUUGUCAAACACACAAAUAAACACACACCCACCCACACACACAUCACCACAGAUGAGCGUCAGUACAUUCCCUGCUGUCCCCAGGCCCAUGUGCUAAAGACCACCCAGCAUUACAGGGAGGAUUACAUAAUAGAACCACUGCUGUUUACAGAUUAGGCUCUCGAUACACUGUAUGGACUACAUGAAACUAGGGCUCACUGGAUACAAGGUUCCCUAUGGACUAGUAUGACCUUUUACUGAAGGAUCAGGAAGAUAGGUUUGGAUCAGAAACUCACAUCCAAUGUGUGUCUGGGUGUUGGGAGGAUAACCAGAAACAUGGCUAGAUCUAUGAGGAUAUUGGUUUGGUAGGAAUGCCCUCAGAAUCUUUCAACGACUGACAAGCUACCUCUAGACAUAACUGCUCUUUGUUAGCCUCUGGUUCCAGACUGCCCACUCCAAACAUAUAGCUAUGCCAGUUUUUUAUUUAUUACAAAAGACCGGUUUCCAUUGGCACUUUGAAGUCAUACCAGGUUGGACUGGCCUUGGUGGGCAAACUGAAAUUGCGUUUCCGCUGCCUCCAAAUAGAAUAAAUGAUGUCAUGUUGCUAGGUAGUCAAUAUGUGACUGCAGCUGGCUUCGCUAAUGUUGCUAACUGGCAAGAUGUUGACGAAGUUAAAGCAUUGUGAGGGUGAAUUUAAAUAACUAACCCAUACUCCUGUCAGUGCUAGCCAUACUCGGAGCCAUGUAUUUAGCUUGCUAACUAGCCAAACGGUUAGCGUCGCCAUUCGCAAUUAGCUAACCAAGCAACCGGUUUAAUAUGAUGCAACUACGACCUGGCCAGCUACAAUUCCUGCUAGCUCACUUUAGCUAGCUACAGUAGCUUGUUUUAACUCUGAAAUGCUAGCUAAUAAUGGUAGCUAUCAUUUUAGGGCUGACUGUUGUCAUAAAGGUUUGUGUAGUGCAAAGAUAUAUGGAUCCAGCUGUGGUGGUAAUUCGUGUCAUGUCUAACUACUGCAUUACUCCUUGUCCAUGUGCUAGCUGUCAGCUCGCACACCCAGAUGAGCUAGCUAAACGUUGGCAGCACCCAGCAGUGAUUUUUUUUUAAAAAUAUUUAAAAUAUUUUUUUAAACUGCGUUACCAGCCCGACCAGUUGUGAAACUGGGCUGCGCUGGCUCGAAUUUGGGAAUUCCAUUCGAAACAGCUCUAAUUUUAAGUGCUAGUGGAAAAGGGUGUCUUUCUGGUGUCUUCUACAGCCAUUAAACUGCCCCCCACACACACACACACACACACACACACACACACACACACACACACACACCCUCUCUCACAAACAUAGUGUAGAUGCAGUAGGUGGUAGUUCUUAUCUAGACUCAAAGUAGCUGCAGCUUAAUGCAGGCCUGCUAGGGGAUAUGCUGAGUUUAUGAGCAAAAUGAUGACAGAGUCUCUGACUCACCUAAUAGUUUACUGCCACAUGACUACACACCAGUUGAACAUGCACACACACACACACACACAGCUCAAUACCCUUUCCCCCUUCCCCUUUCUCUGUUACAAUCAGAAGCUUCAUUGUACAAAAAAAAGGAGAAUGGUGAAUAUUUUUCUAAAAGGACACCAAUUGAGACUUACACGUGGGGACUUGAGAAGAUGCCAAAUGUUGCAUGUAACAAUUCUAGUUUUUUAAAUGUAAUAUAUGUAAGUACUGUGGAAAUCCAGCCCCGCAGCCAGCUAAACCACACCACAGACCAUGGUGUGAAGGAGAGAUUUAGAUCAAUGGGUCUCGCACUAUGAACUAUGUUAAGCCAAACACGUACUACACGUGUGUGUGUGUGUGUGUGUGUGUGUGUGUGUGUGUGUGUGUGUGUGUGUGUGUGUGUGUGUGUGUGUGUGUGUGUGUGUGUGUGUGUGUGUGUGUGUGUGUGUGUGUGUGUGUGUGUGUGUGUGUGUGUGAAUGUUCCAGGGCUAUGGGGAGUAGUUUGGACAGUGAACCAUUUUGGAGACAUAAUAAACCAGGCCCCUGCAAGCUAGUCUUAACAACAGCAAAAUAUAGAAUACAGACACAAACUCAUAAAAUAAAAAAGAUUGACGUCACUGUGAGUUUGCGAUGCCAGACAGACCAGGAGGACUGAAAGAAAAAGCCAACCAAAAACAAAGUAUCUGUAUUUUCAUUUUGUUGCUUUUAGUCUUUUUUUUCCCUUGUUGAUGAACAUUCUUGAUGAAUGCGAGCUGGCGAACCACACAUGGGUAGGAGGAGAUGCCCAGUGUUGCUCGCGGGCACCGGGAUCUGGUCCGUGACAGUGAUGCCCCUUCAACUCCCAUGAGGCCUUGCAGGGGAGAGGGUGCCAUUGGCGUUGACCCUGCCACCAGCGCAACACCCCCUCUUUCUGCCUGGAACCAGUGACAUGAGAGGAGGAGGGGCCGCUGGGAUUGGAUAGGAACAAGGAAGUUGUUUAGAAUCUUGACCUGGAGUGAGCUGAGCACACAACACUGGCCUGCUGACAGAUGUUGGAGUGCAGGGGUAUGUGUCCCAAAACGCCACGACUACCACCUUAUGAAAAGACUUUGACCCCUGUUCAUGAGUAUCAAAGCCUUUCAUCUGGAUCCUUCCUCCUCUCCCACACUUUAACCUUCUCUGUUUUCUGUCUCUCCUCUUCGAUUCUCUCUGUUCUGUUUUUCUUUUUGUAGUUGUCUUUGUUUUAGACUUUUUCUGUUCAAGUUGGUGACUUCUACAUCUCCUUCUCACCCCUCGCCACUCUCUUUUCUGUUUGGUGUGUUUCGGGUAGGGGCUGUUUUUGUUGUUGUUUUGCAUUCAGUCAUGAGUUCAGUGUUUUCCCAAGUUAAGUUUGAGCCCUCUUGCAGUCCUUGGUUUUUGGUCUUAUGCGGUUUGUGUUCUAUUACGAGUUCUUGUUACCUAAUGUCCAGAGUGUAGCCUUUUUUCAGGUGGAAGGGUUGGACACAGUGCAAUUUGUAAAAUAAGUUAAUGAUGAGUCGAUGAGGAUGAACCGGUGUCCAUUGUAUGUAUAAUGGAUGUUAUACAACGUAUUGAAUGUGUUUCCAUGAAGGUGUUGUCUGGGAACGUGGGGGGGGGGGCCUAGGUUGUGUGCUGAUGUAGCAGAAACAGAUUCCUCUCCUGAUGUGCUUUCCCUUUACUUGUUAUGCCUUGCUUUGGGGAUCCCCUAACACCAUGAUGCAGCCCAGCCCACUGUAGAAACAAAACAGAGUUGGUACGCCCAAUAUAAAUGUUUUAAUGUUCCCUAAAAAUGCAUAUUUCCUUCUAAGAUUCAAA